CGAGAAGGGUUCCUUCUUCAGCGCCCCGACUGUAGGCGGGCGCCAGACGGACGGAGCGUCCCCGAGGGGCAGGGCCAGGGAAGCCAAACGACUGACCAUGCAAGGCCUCCGCACGUGAAGUCAUGUGGAAACCAGGCGACCGACGCCCACGCCAAGGCGGCACACGGGCCCAAAGCCUCACGCGGACAGCUCUCACGCUCCCGCUCCACCUGGACAGCUGCAGCAUGUACAGUCGAAGGCCGACGCUACAGAGGGAGGGCCCUCCAGGAGGUCCCCCAGGGCCCACAGGGAUCCACGAAGUCUCAGGAAGGCCCAAAAGGGCUGCGGAGAGGAGGAGGAGGAGGCAAUGGAGAGAGGAGCUGGCCGAGGGCAGGCUGCAGGAUGAGGACUCAGCGCCGCUGCCCCGCGGGGGCACCGCGCAGGCGCUCGCAGGCCUCGCCGCACGCCCGCCGCACGAGGGAGUGCUCCUCGUCGGCGCCGGCGCGCGUCGCCAGCGCCCGGAGCAGCGGGCCGCUCGCGGGCGGCACGACGACGACCGCGAGGGCCUCGGCCGAGGCCCGGCGCACGGCCCAGGCCUCGUCCCCGAGGCCCGCCAG